AUGACCAGGCGGACAAUCGAGAAGGAUCCGCUCAGAUGUAAGCUGGUGGUGGAGGACAAUCCCAUAGAACAAGUUAUGCAAUUCAGAUAUCUGGGCAUAUACAUAUCAAAUACCCACGACCCAGUUAAAGGCCUAAGAAGCCAGAUUAACAAAGCAUCCGCACUAUCAGGAUGCCUACGAGAUAUAGUCUGGUCCAACCCGUACAUGCGCAAAGAUAGCAAAAUUAGAAUCUACAAGACUUGUAUCAGACCCAUCAUGACGUACAGCACGGAAGUCCGCGAGGACAACAACAAGACGAAACAAAUGCUGAGGGUGGCCGAGAUGAAAACACUGAGAACAAUAGUGGGGAAAACAAGAAGAGGGAUACAAGACAUUGUGAGAUGGGGAAGACAACGUAAUAGGCAGUGGUACAACCAUGUAAGACGGAUGGACAAGAACAGACUUUAG